AUGGCAGCCCAAUCCGCAAUCAACUGGCCGCAGCACUUCCUCCCCGGCACAACAGACAACUUCGUCUCAAAUGAACGCAUCGCUAAAGACCUGACCAGCACGCAAAUCUGGGCCUUGCUAGCCAACAUCUCAAAAUGGGAAUCUUACUACAAGAACUGCGCUCAAAUCACGCCCCCGUCAUCAGACAGCACCUUCCUCCACAAAGGCGACGUUUUCAAGUUCAGCACUUUUGGCUUCCCACCGCUGACCUGCACGGUUGAGGAAUCGGAGCCGCCGGAGAGUAACGGGCGCGCUGGAAGGUUGGCAUGGAGUUCCAAGACGCCGGAUGGGUUAGAGAUUUAUCACGCGUGGGUUGUGGAGGAUUUGGAGGGUCAGAGGGUGAGGAUUUUGACGCAGGAGAGUCAGAUCGGGCAGGUGUUCAAGGAGUGGGAGGAACAGAAGCCGAACAAGAUGCUCUUGGGACAUCAGGAUUGGUUGGACGGGCUAAUCACGGCGGCAAAUGGCAACAAGGUUAAAGGAACCAACUUGGAGGCGAUCAACUUCCCUGUAAGACAACUGGAUUCUUAG